UCGAUAGUCAAUAACAACAUUGACAGCUGUUCGGCAGAAAAUAUUCCAAAUCGCGUUAAUUGCUCUAAAAUCGAGCGAAAUAAGGUUUUCCAAGGUAUCUUCAGAUCCAAAAAGAGGAAAGUUGCUGGCGCGUGAGUGGUCAUCAUGCUAUUGGCCUAGAGAGUCUUACGAUCGCACUUCGCACGCUUUAAUUCACCUGACGACCAGAAGCUCUCUUUCAAUUAUGCUCUUCACGCGCCGGCGACAACUCAAGAGCUCCACACAAAAAAACGCACAAAAUCAGUAACAUUCAGUGUUAAGUCGCUUGUCCCGAUAGAUCGAUAUAUCGCUAACUAUAUUUUAAGCAGAAUACAGAACGGACGUUAAACAAUCACAAUGUACGAGCUUCAUAGUUGCCUAAGGUCCGUUUUCUUUGCCACACUCAUUCCCGGAACGAUCCUACUUAGUUGGCUAACUGGUCUAGUGGGUCUUCGAUCUCUGCAAGCAUGUCUGGUGAUCUUCUUCCUGAUCUUUGUGGUCCUGCCGCUGAUAUUUCGCUACUCCGUGACGUUUCAACGCGGCAUACUAUUCCUACCAUUCAUUAAGUACCCCAAGGGACUUGAUCUCACCAAGCCAGAAAGCGUGGGACUGUAUGCCACUAGGAAUUUUUACAUCACCGUCAAAGAUCACGAUCAGGAUGAGGAUGGCGUGCGUGUUGGUGUUUGGCAUGUCCUGCCCAGCAAUGCAGUGCGUCGUUUUAAGCACGAACUCCGCGUGGAGGAGGAGGUGAAUCAGGACCUGGAUCAGCACCUGGAACCUGCACCUGGCAACGAACAGGAGCUGAAGGCACUGGCGCCAGCUAUACGCUCUGAAUUUCCCGUCGUACUUCCGGAAAACGAGCAGCUCUUCUACGAGCGAUUGCUGCGGAUGUCAGGUGGCACUGUGGUCCUCUAUCUCCACGGAAACACAGCCAGCCGAGGCAGCGGUCACCGGUCGGAGGUGUAUAAGCUACUGAGGAAGCUCAACUACCAUGUGUUCUCCUUUGACUAUAGAGGCUAUGGGGACUCAGACCCCGUGCCUCCAACGGAGGAAGGCGUUGUACGCGAUGCCAUGAUGGUUUUUGAGUACAUAGCCAACAUCACUUCCAAUCCGAUCGUGGUGUGGGGACACUCCCUGGGCACAGGAGUAGCCACGCACCUAUGUGCUAGACUAGCGAGUUUAAAUGAAAGGGCUCCCAGGGGAGUGAUUCUCGAAAGCCCUUUCACCAACAUACGGGAUGAGAUACGCAUGCAUCCGUUCGCCAAGCUCUUCAAGCACCUGCCCUGGUUCGAUUUCACUAUUUCAACACCCAUGUACAACAACAUGCUGAGGUUCGAGUCGGAUAUUCACGUCCUGAAGUUCCGGCAACCCAUUCUGAUCAUUCAUGCAGCGGACGAUGUUGUGGUGCCGAUCCACCUGGGCUACCGUCUGUAUAGAAUUGCCCUGGACGGAAGAAGUCGGGCUUGGGGACCCGUGGAGUUCCAUCGCUUCAGAGCCAGCCUAAAGUAUGGACACAAAUACCUCUGCCGAGCUCCGGAAUUGCCGGAAAUGAUCCAAACCUUUGUGGAGAGCUACCGGGAUGCCGUCUACUAGACGCUAUGAUCUGGGCACUUAAUUUAUGUAUAUGAUAAUUAUUCUAAUUUAAUUUUUUACCGCCACUAUUGACACGUUCCAAAAUUUCCGCCCUGUGCAAGCAAAUUAAAGAAGUCGAGGAACAUGCAUAAAGUU